AUGGACGGACGUGUGGGGCGAAUGCGUGGCGUGGAGUGGAGUGGCGUGGAGUGGAACUGGUUGCCACAAAUCUCGUACGUCAUUGCUCUGGCUUUUGUGGCCCACGUGGCGGCUGAUGUCAGUCACCUCAAGCUGGGUCUCGCCGCAGAUGGCGGCUAUGGACUGACCUCCUCCUCAUCAUCCUCCUCCACAUCGUACUCGGCCGCUUCGGUGGUGCCGGGUGGCGAUUCGAGCAGCUAUCAGCCUGAAGAGCUGAUCCCAGCCCACCUGAAGGUCGCCUCCAUUGAGACUCAAUCCGCCGAAGUGGUUCCUGGCGGCGACUCCAGCUCCUACCAGCCCGCGGAAUAUACUCCAGCAAACCUCAGAGUAGCCUCCGUUCAGACCCAAUCCGCCGAAGUGGUUCCUGGCGGCGACUCCAGCUCCUACCAGCCCGCGGAAUAUACUCCAGCAAACCUCAGAGUAGCCUCCGUUCAGACCCAAUCCGCCGAAGUGGUUCCUGGCGGCGACUCCAGCUCCUACCAGCCCGCGGAAUAUACUCCAGCAAACCUCAGAGUAGCCUCCGUUCAGACCCAAUCCGCCGAAGUGGUUCCUGGGGGCGACUCCAGCUCCUACCAGCCCGCUCAACAAAUCCUUGGCGGCGACUCCAGCAGCUAUACCCCCGCUCAUUUGCGGUCCGCUGAGCAAGUCGAUGCCGAGGCUGUUCCACACAGCAUCGGAGCGGACAGCUAUACGCCCGAGCAGUUCAUUCCAGAGGCUGAUCGCGAGGCUCACUACAAGUAUGUCCAGGAGCAGCAGCAGCAGCAGCAGGCAGCGGAAGAGCAGACCAGCACCAUUCCCGGUGGCGAUUCGAGCUCCUACCAGCCUGCCGAAUAUACGCCCGCACAUCUGAAAGUAGCCACCGCUCAGGUGGCAUCUUCUAGUGCCGCUGAGGUGGCAGCGCCUGGCAGUGAUGAGAGCUCCUACCAGCCUGCUGAGUACACUCCCGCUCAGCUGAAGCUUACUUCAGCUCAGGCGGAGGUGGAGUCCUCUGUGGCCCAGGCUGUGCCCAGCAUCGGUGGGGACAGCUAUACGCCCGAGCAGUUCAUCCCAGAGGCUGUUCGUCAGGCACACUAUCAGUAUGGCCAGGCCCAGCAGCAGCAGCAGCAGCAGCAGGAGACCAUCAUUCCAGGUGGAGAUUCAAGCUCUUACCAGCCCGCCGAAUACACUCCCGCUCAGCUGAAGGUGGCUCUGGUGGCGCCGCUGGCUGCUGAAGCUGCGCCCGGCAGUGAUGAGAGCUCCUACACGCCUGCUGAGUACCAGACAGCUGCUGUCCAGUCUGCUCCCGCUGUCCAGUACAGCUACACCCGGACACUGGCAACGGCGGUGCAGGCCCCUGCUGCAGUCGGCUCCUCCGUGGCUGCCACGUCGGCCGGCAGCUAUCAGCCAGCCGAUCUGAUUCCCGCCUACGUUCAAGGUCAGACUGUGAUCAGCAAGCAGCUGGUGGCGCCACUUCGUGAGUCCGUCGUGUAUGCCAAUGCCCAGGGUCAGGCUGUCAGCAGCACGCAGCUGGUGGCUCCGUUCCGGGCGGAGUCCCUCAAUGUCUAUGGCCAGGCAGCGGCCACUGUCAGCGAGCUAGCACCUGCCCAGCUGUACCAGGAGCCCGAAUCGAACGGCAUCGAGGAGUUCAAUGCCGAGACCCAUGUGCCCGUGGCCAUUGGUGGCAACACAGUCACGCCCGCUCACCUGCUGGAGGCCAGCUACACAUCCCCCCCCAGUCCCCUGUGGGCCGUGUGA